AUGUCGGCAAUAGCCCAUCUCAAUCAAAAUUUGAGGGCACUCUGUAGAGAAGCUCGCCUGAAAGAAGCUUUGCACAUUCUUCUUACCACCCAUAAUGCUCCUGUAGACAUUUCUACGUAUACCCAGCUGCUGUACCUCUGCGUUGUCAAGAAAGCGCUUUCAGAGGGAAAGCAAAUCCACUCUCACAUCAAUCACACUUCUUUGUCAUUCACACCGCAUGCAUUUUUACAAAACACACUCAUCAACAUGUACGAUAAAUGCGGAAGUUUGGCGGAUGCUCGACGAGUUUUCAACCAAAUCACCCAACCAGACGUCUUCUCAUGGAAUGUGAUAAUUGCAGCUCACAGAAGACAUGGGUUUCCUCAACAGGCAUUAAUUCUGUUUCACCAGAUGCAAACAACAGCUGUCCAAUCUGAUCAAUUCACCUUCUCUGCUAUUCUCCCUGUUUGCGCAGAGUUGGCAUCUCUUAAACAUGGUUUGCAGAUCCAUGGAAAGAUCGCUAGGUUUAGACUUCAAUUUAAUGUUAUUGUUAUGAAUACUGUGAUAGAUAUGUACGUGAAAUGUGGAAGCCUGAAGAAAGCACGCGAUUUGUUUGACAAAAUGAAUGAGGUAGAUGUUGUAUCGUGGAAUGCUAUGAUUACAGGGUAUACACAAAAUGGUGAUUUUGAUGAGGCUUCCAAGCUUUUCAGAGAAAUGUCUGGACGGAACGUCGUCUCAUGGACUGCCAUGAUUACGGGAUACGUACAAAACGGGCUUGUUGGGAAAGCCUUGGAGAUGUUUAAGCAAAUGCAACUGUCUGGUAAAAAGCCAAACGCCACAACCUUGGCAAGCAUCCUCCCAGCGUGCGCCCAGACGGGAGCUUUGGGACAGGGUAUGGAGAUCAAUCAGAAGAUAAUCGAAAGUGGGUUUUUGUCUGACGCUGUAAUUGCAAAUGCCCUCAUGGAUAUCCAUGCAGGUCUGGUGGACAAUGGCUGUAAUUACUUCAAGUCUGUGAGUGACUUUUAUUGCAUUACUCCUACAAUGGAACAUUAUGUAUGUGUGGUUGACCUCCUUGCACGUGCUGGCCAUCUUGAUGAAGCUCUGAAUUUUACCAUCAAAAUGCCAGUAAAACCUAAUGUGACUGUGUGGAAAUGCUUGCUUAGCACUUGUAGGUCGCAUAGGAAUAUAAGGCUAGGGAAACUUGUGGCAACACUUCUCAUUGAGUUAGAUCCUACAAAUGCUGCACCUUACGUUCUUCUGUCAAACUUAUAUGCAACAGCAGGCAUGUGGACUGAGGUUCAAAAGCUAAGGCAAUUGAUGAAAUAUAGAAGAAUAAAAAAGAUACCAGGAUGUAGUUGGAUUUAA